UCUCUAACCUUUUUGUUGUGUGACACGUCGUCCGAACCAAUGCGCACUGCCCUGUCCAUCUUGUCCUCUCUCCGCGAUCACGGCCCAUGAGUCCCAUUUCCUCUCCGACCAUGUUUGCAAGGAACCCUCUCCUCUUCCUCUUCCUCUUCCUCUUCCCAUCCCUCUCUUUGAUCUCCAAAGCGACCCAUGAUGAAGAAUCGACGAGGCGGACCAUGGAGGACUUCUCCGGGUACCCGACUGCCGCUCACCCUUCCGUGCUUUCCCUCUCACCAUCCUCCCUCUCUGUCGACGAGGCGGGAUUGCUGAGGCAGAUAGAUGAGCUGGCAGCCUUUUCAGAUACUCCUGCACCAUCGGUGACUCGCAUUCUGUACAGUGAGAAGGAUGUUCUGGCCAGAAGCUACAUAAAAAGCCUGAUGAAAGAAGCUGGCCUAUCUGUCCGUGAAGAUCAUGUGGGAAACAUAUUUGGCAGAUGGAAUGGCUCUGAUUCAGGUGUUGGAGCAGUUGCUACUGGUUCUCACAUAGAUGCAAUUCCAUAUUCUGGAAAAUAUGAUGGGGUAGUUGGUGUAUUGGGUGCACUAGAGGCAAUACGAAUCUUGAAAAGAAUUGGCUUCCAACCGAGGAAAUCUCUGGAGGUUAUCAUGUUUACUUCUGAGGAACCCACACGGUUUGGAAUCAGCUGCUUAGGAAGCCGCUUAUUGGCAGGGAUCCAUCCACUUGCAAAUGCACUUAAUAAGGCAGUUGAUAGCCAAAAUAUUCCCUUCUUUGAUGCUGCAAGAGGUGCUGGCUAUGAUGUACGCCAAGAAGAUUUACCAAAUGUGUUUUUGACAAAAACUAGCUAUUCUUCUUUUGUGGAAUUGCAUAUUGAGCAAGGGCCAAUUCUGGAGGAAGAAGGUGUUUCCAUUGGCAUUGUUACUGCAAUUGCUGCCCCUGCAAGCAUUAAAGUAGACUUUGAAGGAAAUGGAGGUCAUGCUGGAGCCGUCCUAAUGCCUGCAAGAAAUGAUGCAGGAUUGGCAGCAGCAGAGUUGGCGCUGGCUGUUGAAAAACAUGUGCUUGAAUCUGGAUCCAUUGAUACUGUUGGUACCGUAGGAAUUCUGGAGGUUCAUCCAGGAGCUAUCAAUAGCAUUCCAAGUAAAUCACAUUUGGAGAUUGACACACGAGACAUCGACAUGGAGAGAAGGAACAUUGUGAUUGAGAAAAUUCAACAAUCUGCUAUUAGGAUUGCAAAGGAGCGUGGAGUUGAAUUGUCACAGUUCGAAAUUGUUAAUCAAGAUCCACCUGCUCUUUGUGAUGGAUCGAUAAUCAGUGCAAUGAAAGCUGCAUCGCAACAUUUGAACCUGAGUCAUAGGUUGAUGAUCAGUAGAGCUUACCAUGACUCACUCUUCAUGGCCAGAGUAUCUCCAAUGGGCAUGAUAUUCAUUCCUUGCUACAAAGGUUACAGCCAUAAGCCUGAAGAGUAUGCAUCAAUUGAGGACAUUGCAAAUGGAGUAAAAGUACUAGCUCUCACUCUAGCCAAGCUAUCCCUGGACUGAUACUCUUAUCACAGCCAUUUGGAUCAAAGAACUUGUACACUUAACAAGCGUCUGUUGGGACCAUUGAUUUUGAAAUAAGCCAGCAUUUGUCAUGCUGAAGCCUUUAUAUCAUAAUUCUAUCAUGUUCAAAGAACAAUCUACAAAUUGUAAUGAUUUGUAUGGUAUUUUAGCGUAAUUACUACCUCAUUAACUGUGAAAUUCAACUUAAA